AACAACUUUAUUCCUCAGAGUCAUAGAUCAAGGAAUAAAGCUAAAAUAUUGAGGCCUCCUCUCUCGAUCUCUCCUUCAUUCGAAAGAGAAAAAAAAUCUUCUUAGAAUUCUUUACAUGGAUUCCUCAACCUCCGAUGUCCCUAGAUGGACACCAAGCCCAACAAGAUCACAGCCGCAAAAGGAGUUGGUGAUGCCAAGGGCAAAAACCGACAACUCGGCCGAGGUGCAAAGCAUGGUUUCUGAGGAUGAGAGGUCAUCUGGAAGGGAAACGAUUUUCCCAUUCAGCCUUGGAUUUUCUCAGAGGAAUUAUUCUCAACGUUCCAAUUCAGAGAUCCAUGAAAAAUCACCAUCUCUGAAGAUUUAUGAGACGGAACCUGCGGAGCCAGUAGUUAAACCUCUGAAGAGACGAGAAAGAUAUGUCCCAACGGUAGAAGACGGUGGGGGAAGAGCCAAAAGAAUUUUCUUGACGUGGAAGGACCUCUGGGUGACGGUUUCAAGUCAGAAGAAUGGCCGCCGGCCGAUUUUACAGGGUCUCACCGGGUAUGCCGAGCCGGGUGAGAUCCUGGCCAUAAUGGGUCCCUCCGGGAGUGGCAAGUCAACCCUUCUCGAUGCAUUGGCAGGAAGACUAAGUUCAAACACGCAUCAGACUGGACAAAUCUUGAUCAACGGUCGGAACGAAAGGCUCGCUUUUGGAACAUCGGCUUACGUGACUCAAGAUGACACCUUGAUGACAACCCUGACGGUACGUGAAGCCGUGUACUACUCGGCGCAGCUCCAAUUACCGGACUCCAUGUCUCGGGCGGAGAAGAAGGAGAGAGCCGAGAUGACUAUCAGAGAAAUGGGGCUGCAGGACGCCAUGGAGACCAGAAUCGGAGGGUGGAGCGUCAAAGGCCUAAGUGGAGGACAGAAGAGGCGGGUCAGCAUUUGCAUCGAAAUCUUGACUCGUCCGAAGCUUCUCUUCCUGGACGAGCCCACCAGUGGAUUAGACAGUGCGGCAUCGUACCAUGUUAUGAGUCGAAUCGUGGGGCUCGCUCGCCAGGAUGGAAGGACCGUCGUCGCUUCCAUCCAUCAGCCCAGUAGUGAAGUUUUUGAGCUCUUCCAGAACCUCUGCCUUCUGUCCUCUGGAAGGACGGUCUACUUUGGCCCUGUUUCAUUGGCAGAACAGUUUUUUGCUUCCAAUGGAUUCCCAUGCCCAUCACUAAGGAACCCUUCAGAUCAUUAUCUUAGAACCAUCAACAAAGACUUUGAUGAUGAAGAUUUAGAACAUGGGUUCGGUGUCUCCGGAACAGAGGAAGUCAUCAACAUUCUAGUGAAUUCAUAUAGAGCAUCCGAGAUAUACAAGGAAGUUCAGGAGAACGCCUCUAAGAUAUGCCGAGAGAAGCUAGGAGGAGAUCUAGAGAAGAAAGGAAGUCAAGCAAGCUUCAUAACUCAGAGUAUUGUUCUAACCAAGAGAUCCUUCGUCAACAUGUAUCGCGAUCUAGGCUAUUACUGGCUUCGCCUGGCAAUCUAUAUUGCUUUAUGUCUCUGCGUAGGAACCAUCUUCUAUGACAUCGGUUUUACUUAUGGAUCGAUCCAGGCUAGAGGAUCAAUGCUCAUGUUUGUUGCAGCAUUCUUGACCUUCAUGGCCAUAGGUGGAUUCCCUUCUUUUGUUGAAGACAUGAAGAUCUUCGAACGAGAAAGAUUGAACGGCCAUUAUGGAGUUGGAGCAUUUGUUAUUGGAAACAGUCUUUCCUCCAUACCAUAUUUACUUCUCAUCUCUUUGAUCCCUGGCGCCAUGGCCUAUUACUUAGUUGGCCUUCAAAAGAGUGUCGACCACUUCGUGUACUUCGCCUUAGUCCUCUUCGUGUGCAUGAUGCUAGUGGAGAGCCUCAUGAUGAUUGUCGCAAGCAUCGUGCCUGAUUUUCUCAUGGGAAUAAUAACUGGAGCUGGGAUUCAAGGUGUGAUGAUGCUGAACGGAGGCUUCUUCCGGUUACCAGACGACCUUCCUAAGCCAUUCUGGAAAUACCCCAUGUACUACAUAGCCUUUCACAAGUAUGCAAAUGAAGGGUUCUACAAGAAUGAAUUUGAAGGCCUAACUUUUCCCAACAACCAAGCCGGACAGGCCGCGACCAUCACCGGGGAUGAGAUCUUGAGAAGCGUUUGGCAAGUAGAGAUGGGGUAUUCUAAAUGGAUUGAUCUUGCAAUCUUGUUGGGAAUGGUGGUUCUGUACCGGCUCAUGUUUUUGGGGAUUAUUAAAGCAAUUGAAAAGGUUAAGCCUAUGAUUAGAGGUUUGAUGGCUGUUCCUCCUCAGCAGUCGAUGCAGAUAUCAGAGAAUCCUGCCCACGCAUAAUGACUGCAAAAGUGUAUCAUCUUUUGAGUGCUUGUAGCCUUAAUUACGUCAACUUAAUCUCUAGUUAAGUUGAAUAAGUCGAUUGUAUGUAAGAUAUUAGGGUGUGCGUUUGUUUGUUUCAAACACUUACGGAAGGAUAAAUAAAACCAGAAAAGGCGA